UUGGAUUAUCAGGUUCACGGUGCGAUUCUUCAGAUUCUUGAGCUGAAAUAAAAACCACUUGAGGAUAAAUUCGACCUUAAGAUCAGCAACGGAGGUCAUGAGUUUCCUCUGUCGUGUUUAGACGGCGGAUCAACACCCAUUAUGAUGAUGGCUAGAAAAGUAUCUGUACAUGACACACAAAAACUGGUGGAGCAAUACCGCUCGGAACGAGAUGAGGCCGUUCAGCGUGAGAAUGCCCUCAAGGAGAAACUGAGACAAUACGAAUUGAGGACAAAGUCGACCGAGACUGUCAAACAGAAACUCAAAACCCUGACGUUGGAGAACAAAGAGCUCAGGAGGCAGGUGAAAACGUUAAGGAACGAGAUCGGCCUGGAGUCAAGCCCACAUUUUCAAGGCAAAACCACUAAGGAUAUCAUCAGUGACCUGCAGGAGAAAGAGCGAGAGUGCAAUGCGCUGGCGGAAAAGGCUGGAAGGUUGAACCUGACCAUCGACGAACUGUCAUCUGAGUUGGCCAACGCGGUCACCUCCAAAACUCUGCUGGAGGAAAAAGUCCAGUCGCUUCAGCUCAACCUCAAGGACAUGACCAACAACCAGCGCCGCCUGCUGAAGCUGUGGGAGGAUAAAAAAGCUCAGCGUGAGCCCAUCCUGCUGCCUGCCAUCACGCAGAGAACAGUACAGAAACUGCUGGCCCAUAAAGCUGUCCAGACCGACAUGUCCAUCAGCUCCACGCACAUCCUCCCCGCAAACGUGUUCGAAACCAGACUGAGAUGGGAACCUGAGAAAAACAGGAACCUGGAGAGAAGAAACAUCACGUUACCCAACGGCAGCCAUUCAAAAUGA